AUGUCCACAGAAAAUCUCGCCGCCGUCCUUGAAAAAGUAGGCACCGCCCUCAAACCCCUCAUCUUAUCCAUUCCCUCCCCAGGCGAAAACGAAAUCCUAAUCCGCAACCAUGCCAUCGCCGCCAACCCCGCGGACUGGAAAAUCCGCGACUUCCCCAGCCAUCUCAAGGAUUUCCCUACCGUACUAGGCAGCGACGCCUGCGGCAUUGUCUCCGCCAUAGGCAGCAAAGUGAGCAAAUUCAAAGUCGGUGAUCGCGUCGCCGGGUUUGCGCUCUCAAUCGCAAAUAAUAAACCAGAGCAUGGGGCCUGGCAGACAUAUACGCUUUUAGAAGAGAAUGCGACAAUAAGGAUUCCGGAUUUUUUGUCUUACGAGGAUGGGGCUACGUUCCCGAUGGCGUUUGCAACUGUUGCUGUUGCGUAUUUUGAGAGGUUGGGGAUUGCUCGUCCGCAGGAGGCGCAACAGCAGCAGCAGUCUGGGAUAUUGAUUUGGGGCGCGUCAUCGUCUACGGGAACAGCUGCCGUGCAGUUAGCCAAAGAGCUAGGGUUCAAGGUCUUUGCGACUGCCAGCCCGAAGAAUCAUGAGUAUGUAAAGUCUCUAGGUGCUUCAAAAGUAGUCGACUAUCGCGACCCCGAUGCUGUCUCCAAACUGGCUCAACUCGCGAAGGAGGCCGGCACGCCUCUCCGAUACGGCUUUGAUUCCAUUAGCGAAGGAAACAGUUCUCUACUUUCUGCUGCUACUCUACUCGCAUCCGGCGGGGAAGGAAGCGAAUUAGUGCUCACCUUGCCCUGGCCUACGGGCGACGAGAAGCCUGCUGGUGUUGAGAUUUCGAUGACGAUGGCCGCUUUUGCGUUUGUACAUCAUGUGGAGAUGGGGAGCUGGAUGUUUAACGAGUAUCUGCCCCAAGCUAUUGAGCAGAAGAAAAUCGUUCCAGCGCCAAAGGUGAGGGUUGUCGAUGGUGGGAUUGCAGCUGCGCAGGAAGCGUUCGAGAUUGUCAAGGCUGGGAUUAGUGCGACAAAGAUUGUUGUCAGAGUUGAUUGA